GCUUUGGCAAUCAUUGAUGAUUGUGUUCUCAGUCUCAGCUGUUCAUUCUCAUUUUUAUACAGUCAUGACGUCUGUUUACUAACCACAAAACCGGUUCAUUCAUCAAUUGAAAUUGAAUAGAUCAUGAUUAGGUAAAAAUUGAAGGACAAUGCUCUAAAAUGCUAAUAACUACCAUUGAUUAGUUAACUUAGUGAAUUUAGCUUGAAUUUACGGCAGUAAUUCAUAGACAUCAAUUUUUAAUUUACAGCAAUAAUUCAUAGACAUGUCUCAAUCAAAGGAGUUGUUUUCGUACAACACACUUGUCCACGCUAUAGCAGGAUCAGUAGGCAGUGUUGUGGGAAUGGCUACAUUCUUUCCUCUGGACACAGUCAGAUCAAGGCUUCAAUUGGAUGAGAAAAGAGAAUCAAAAAAUACACUGGCAGUUAUGAUGGAACUUGUCCAAGAAGAAGGAUUUUCUACACUUUAUAGAGGUAUAGUUCCAGUCUUACAAAGUCUCUGUGUCUCGAAUUUUGUAUAUUUUUACACAUUCCAUGGACUGAAGUCGAUUAACGGAGAAAAAUCUCGAUCAGCAGGCAAAGAUCUCAUAUUGGCGUCGAUAGCUGGUAUUGUCAAUGUUCUCACAACAACACCUUUAUGGGUAGCCAACACUCGUUUAAAAAUGUCUGGUUUAAAAAGUAAAUCAACUUCAUACAAUGGAAUAUUGGAUGGUUUAAUAAAAAUCAGCCGCAGCGAAGGAAUAGGAGCGCUAUGGAACGGCACUCUACCGUCGUUGAUUCUAGUGAUCAACCCGGCUCUGCAGAUGGCCACCUACGAGGCGCUCAAGAGGCGCUUCAAGGGCGUCCAACUGUCGGCUCUCAACUACUUUGUGAUGGCCGCCAUUUCUAAAGCCGUCGCCACUGUCCUCACCUAUCCGCUGCAGCUCAUUCAAACCAAACUCAGACAUGGUCAUAACUACAAACAGCUGCAUAGGGAUGCUGGCACUUUGGAUUUGAUUCUUUACAUCCUCAGGAUCUACGGGCCAAUGGGACUCUACAGAGGGAUGGAAGCAAAAAUCCUUCAAACAGUAAUGACAGCCGCUCUCAUGUUCUCGGCAUAUGAAAAAAUUACAGGACUUGUGUUCAAAAUGCUUCUUAAUAACACCAAGAUAGCUCACUGAUAAACUGAGAUCUUAGAAUAAUGUCAAUUAUAUAAUGUGUUUUAGUUAACUUCCUAGUGUGAGGUAUUAGGAUUCAUGGAUCAGACAGAUACUAAGCAUUACCAUUAAUUUGUAGACACUAUCUUGUAUUAGAUAUAUAGUAAUUAUCUUAUUUGUAAAUAACAUCAUAGUACCCUUUUUGAUAACUUUUUAAUAUGAAAUGACAAAUUAAUAAACACAAAUAAUUAAAAACCAGUUGUUUUUCAAUUAAAAAGUUAUCAAAAAGGAUACUAUGGUGUUAUUUUACAAAUAAGAAAUUAAGUAGCCCUUAAUAUAUACUUUUUAAGAAAAUAAUAAUUAUCAUUAUAUUUUUUAAUGGUAAUCAUCAUAAUAUUGAAACCAUGGACGUUGACAUUUCAAUCAUUGUCAAUACAGUAUUUAAUUUUAUCUUCAUCACGGUUCGUUGGCUUUAAUUUAGCGUUAAUACUAGUAUGUUAUGUAUUUUAAGGCGGAUAGGCUUUAAUAGUUUUUUUAUGAGGUAUUUCAUCACUAUUUUGUCUUCUACUGUUAAAAUGGAAUAUUUUUAAAGAACCUAUAUAAAUCGUGUAAAGAAUUUCUAUUGUA